GCAUGAAAACACAGUAUAAAAGUGUGCAUGCAAAGCGUUUAUCGGCGGUUCAAUUGUGGUGUUCAAUUUCAGUCUGAAAAUAAAUACCGAACGGAAAGAACUUACAGUGGACACAGUCGGGACACAGCGUGAAUCCAUAAGAAUCGAGAGAACCAUCGGUUCUCCUGCGGACUGUUCUUGAAACGAUGUUAUCAAGGCUGCUAUGUCUUGCACUGCUGAUACAGAGCGUUUAUUAUCAUAACACCGAGGCCAGCACACAUUUUUUGCUGAAUACCAAUGGACAGAUCGUGCCACAGCUUACCUCGCCCUUCUACUUGCGUCGUUCGGACGAUUUGAUCGCUUUUCUCAACCAGAAUGUAUACAAGCAGAAAAUAGACGUGAUCAUCAGCGAACUGAUUGCCAUCAAGUCGAAUCUCACAGCGAAGAUGAACAAUUUGGACGCCUAUACCAAUGACUUGACGAAUAAGAUUGGCUGUAUACCGAAUUUCUAUUUGGACGAAUCGGACAUACUGAGCACGAUCAAUAACAUGAAUUACAUCAACCGAAUAACGUUUCCCGACAAGGGCUCGGCUGCUGCUGGUGCUGCCACUACAAAGGCCCUAGCCGCCAAAGGGAAAGUUCCUGCCCCGAAGUGUGGGGAUUACAUGAAGAUGGCUGUAAGCGUUGGCAGUUUCGAUCAUCUCGAUGGUAUCCACAACCGGAGUCAGCUGAAAAUGGCCCCGGAGGAGAUGUUCAAAUCGCUAGAGUACUAUAUACCCGCGGUCAAAUCACCCCAGGCGCUGGGUGAAGACUUGCGGAACAAUCCUACCUCGUGGAAGCAUCACACAAUCGCCUCGUACUACUGGCGCCGGAAAGGCAACGCCAGGGAGGCACUGGAGUGCACCCGGCGAGCGGUGGUUCUCGCCCCCCGAAAGUACAAGGAUAUCCCUCUGCUAAGUAUGGGCACUAUCCUGCAGCGUUCACAACAGCUCAACGAUUCGCUGGUGGUGCUGCGGGCAGCCGUAGAUCACGAGCCAAGUGAGCCGGAGAAUCAGAUGGCACUGGGGAACACCUACAUGCUGCUGUCGGAGUUCAACCGGUCCUUCGAGGCGUACAAAGCGGCCGAAACGCUGGAUUCGGUCUACUCGGAGCACAACGAUUACAUCAAGAAGUCGAUCAAUUGCUUCAAGGAUCUCAAGAUUAAUCUGCUCACUAUGGAGAGAUUGCUUCAGGACAUCAUCCCGGGCCUGGAACGGUACGGCUCCCUCCAGAAUGAGUUCGAUGAAUAUCACGGCAAGCUCGACAGGGAACAGGCCCCGCUGAAAACCCGCGUUUACGACGAGGCGUACAGCAAACAGGUGGACUUCCUCAUCCAGCGGAGUCAAAUUUGCACCACCCGGAUGACGAAGGGGAAGAGCGAACCGAUGCUGUCGUGCGACUUCAUCUCGGACGUGCAAAUGCUGAUGGAGGACUUCGCCGUCGAGAUACUCAACAACUAUGUCGAUCUCAAGAAGGAACUGAUCAACACGUACAAGAUUAACUCGCUCGGGAUCUACAAGAAGAUUUUUGUGGAGCAUUUCUGAGCUUUUUUUUAGUUAGGAAGAGUAUGAGAUUUUCUAUACUUAUAAUCAAAGCAGUACUGAGCUAUUUUUGUUUUUUGUACAGAUGACAAAUUUUAAUAUAAAUGCACAAUCAGUCUGUUUGCUCUCCAUUACACAAUAAAGAGAGAGAGAGAAAUAGAGUUUGUUAUUACGAUAAAA